AUGUCGAACACUUCAGUUAUGCUGUCCUUAUUUCUUUUCGGUUUACUCCUGGACAGUUUUACUUCUGCAAGUUUAUUAUUGGUUGAUCGAAACAAUUCAUGUCGAGCAUAUGGCAAUGCGUCUGUGUACGAUAUUACGAAUCUCGUACCACAAUGGCCUACAGGCAUUGUCGGAACAGGAUUUGAUGGUCGAGUGUACAUCUAUUGGUGGAGUUGUGUCAGAUCAAUGCGUAGGUGUGACAGUGACGAUGUUGCUGUGUGCCAGCAGCAAAUGGGUGGAUCUAUGCAAGAGUUCAACGCCGGUAGUCUAUCUUCUCAACUGUGGUUUGGUCAAUUCAAUGGUGUUGCCUCAGAGAGCAAUCUUACGUGGAGUAUUAUGUACCAGAAUCAUCAGUCGGAUCCAUCACAAAUUGACGGAUCCGGCAUCAGAGUGACUACUAUAUACUUGAUUGUUGAUCCAAACGUCGAUAAGCCUCAACUCACUAUGAAUGGCGAGAAGCCGUACACUGAAUACUCAAUUACUGUUCGAGGUAAAUGUAUCGGACAACAUGCAGUCAAUCACACAUGA